AUGGCAAUCGUCAACAUCGCCUUCGUUAAAACGUGGGACCGUUUAAAAUUCAUUCGCAUCAGAAUCAUCUUCUUUCUCCUGGUUUUAUCCCACCUAGGUGAAGUCAGGAUAUGCACAUUCCCCUGGACUCCAACUGAGCGGGCGAUGGAGAGGAAAGGUAUGACAGCGAUCGUCCGGGGACUCCCGGACUCAGGACUCAUGGUGACCCUCGUGGAUGAUGGGGGCCAAUACACUCUCAUGCCCCGAACAGAGCUCGAGGAGCCUACAUCGAGGGUUCAUAAUGCCUGCAGCGGCAUGACCUCUCGGCAUUCGCAGUCCGCGUCGAAGGACGCGGGGGCGACGCGGUGCGACACUGGCGCUCAGGCGGCGGACGGCAGAUAUGCCAGCAGCUAUAAGAUGGAAUAUUGCCAUCUGCAGCCAACGUCACCCCCAGUUGAGCUGACGGAGUUCCCACCGCAACGGGUGCGGCCUGACUUAGUCUCGACAAGGAUGUCCAGGGACUCAGCCACAUCGAGCGCCUUCGCGGAUUCUCUCAGGAAGUAUCCGAGCGUAUCGCCCGACAGUUCGGAGGUCGUGGAGCGCCUCCUGAACUACAGUAAAGAUAUUAACCGUGAGGCCUUU